AUGGACCCCAACCCAAUCACCCUCCCAGCGCCUUUCUCCUCAAUCCCGCGCACCCCCCUCCUCCUAGGCCCAUCUCCAAUCCACCCCCUCCCCCGCAUAACCGCCGACCUCCACAACCCCAAGAAAGUGACCAUCUACGCCAAGCGCGACGAUCUCAACUCCGCCUACGCCUACGGGGGCAACAAGACCCGGAAACUCGAGUACUUACUUGCCGAUGCCCUCGCCCAAGGAUGCAACACCCUCGUUUCAAUCGGAGGCGUCCAAAGCAACCACACACGACAAGUGGCUGCCGUUGCUGCGCGCUCGGGUCUAAAGGCCCGUCUUGUACAGGAACAUUGGGUCGAUUGGUCUGAUAAGGGAUAUGAAGAUACGGGGAAUAUUCAACUUUCUCGUCUUAUGGAUGCGGAUGUAAGACUUGAUCCAUCUGGUUUUGGAAUCGAGCAUAAGAACACUGCUGCUGCGGUGGUGGAGGAGUCGAAGAAGAAUGGGGAGAUUCCGUACUAUAUCCCUGCGGGGGCUUCGGAUCAUCCGCUUGGCGGGUUGGGGUUUGCAAGGUGGGCAUUUGAAGUUCGGGAGCAGGAGGCGAAGAUGGGAACAUUCUUCAAUACUGUUCUCGUUUGUGCUGUUACCGGUUCGACUUUUGCUGGCAUGAUCGCUGGGUUUAAGUUGUUGGAAAAGAUGUAUCCAGAUGAUCCCAAGAGACGGGUUAUUGGGAUUGAUGCCUCGGCGACUGUUGAGGCCACUUUUGACCAGGUCUUGCGCAUUGCGAAGAACACUGCUGCUAAGAUUGGCUUGACGGAGGAUGAUAUCACCCCUGAGGAUGUGAUUCUUGAUGAUCGUUACCACGCGGGUAUCUAUGGCAUUCCGGAUCGCCAGACUUGGGAUGCUAUUGAGUACGCUGCAAAGAUGGAGGCUUUCAUUACGGAUCCCGUAUAUGAGGGAAAGAGCUUCGCGGGCAUGAUUGAUAUGAUCCGUCGCGGGGAGAUUGAAGAGGGUAACAUCUUGUAUGCGCAUCUGGGUGGGCAAUUGGCUUUGAAUGCCUACUCUGACCUUGGCCGGACCCAAGCGCAGUGA